CUCUUUCUCUCCCCGGCGACGCUCGCACCAGACACUGCUGUAUCCCUCUCGUUUUUCCAGCCACGGAAAUCGGUGAACCGAUCGGUACGCUCUGAUUUUUCAGUAGUCUGGGGAUAGGUCACGUUUAUCUGUACAUUUACCGCGGAUGUACGUGAACCCGGAACCAACUCACAAUUUAGACAAAACAAGAAACCUCGCUAAGUGAAUCUAUUGGGUCUGCUGCUGUGCUUUCGGACCGAGCAGAUCCUUCCUCUGUGCGAUCAUUUCCUCCUAUUUGUAGAGGAAGGGUGUUAGUUUUCGAAGUGAAAUCUCAGAAGUUGGUCUACUUUCGGGACUCGUAACGUGUUGCUCUAGUUUAUCAUGUACUUAAUGUAGAGUUACUGAUAUCUAAAACACGUCUGUAAAGUGCCGCGAUCAAGCCCAUCACUGUGUAAUGUCACAGUUGUCAAAUUUGAGCCCAGAUGGGGAACAAAACAAAACAAAACCGUAGGCUAUAGCUCGCACUUCUACAGAUCCAUCCAGCACGCACAUUUAUGUCAAAUAACGCAUAGGGGCAAAUCCAUCUCUCACGGAUUUCUCUUUCCAUCUCAACGGCAUAAUAUAGCCACUGAUUUAGUUGUUUUUGUUUUGUUUUUCUAUGUCAAACUGUAGGCUAGGCUAUUCACUGAAAGACCUUUUGCAAAACCCAGCUCUGACCGAAGCGGAAGAGGACAGUUUUUUUCUGUCUGAGAUACGGGACACUGGAUUUACCCGCUGGUGGAGACAGUGAUUGUGUGUUAGUGAGGUGAGCUGAGCAAAGGAAAAGAGCGCUCAUUGAGACCUUCUCCUGCCGUCUGACUACCCUCAGCAUCCGGUUUCGUGCAACAGAAGAAGUGGUCAACGGAUCAUGUCUCCACUGUUACGUGGAAACUAAUGCACUACCGGGUCCAGAAACCCGUCCUCUGACCACACACACUACUUCUACAUUACCCACGAUUCCUGUCUGCAAAAAAAGUAAGGACAUAGGUGUUGAAGCCCUUAGGUGACUUGGACUUCCUUGUUUUACUAUUGAACUAUUUCAGCACCACUAACCAGUUCUUAGAGGGACUGUAGAGGCACUGAGAGACAGUCAUAGAGUAAAGAGAGAAAAACAAAGAACAACGAAAACAAAAUGGCCAACAACACGGCGGACCACCCUCCGGGGAACUCUGUUGCCGAUGGCAACCAAGAAGGGGACUUUGGCAUCACGGUGAUGGAUCUCCGGGACCUGAUGGAGCUGAGGAGCGGAGAGGCCGUCACCAAGAUAGCCGACUCCUACGGAGACGUGCAAGGGCUCUGCCGUAGGCUCAAGACAUCACCCAUCGAGGGUCUGUCUGGUAACCCAGUGGAUCUGGAGAAGCGCCACACAGCGUUUGGGAAGAACUUCAUCCCUCCUAAAAAGCCUAAGUCUUUCCUGGCGCUGGUGUGGGAAGCUCUACAGGAUGUUACUCUAAUCAUCCUGGAGAUUGCUGCCGUCAUCUCCCUGGGCCUGUCCUUCUACCACCCUCCCGGGGGAGAUAGCGAACUGUGUGGUGAGACAGCAUCUGGAGUGGAGGAUGAGGGCGAGGCGCAGGCGGGUUGGAUCGAGGGCGCCGCCAUCUUGUUCUCUGUUGCCAUCGUUGUCUUGGUGACAGCGUUUAACGACUGGAGCAAGGAGAAGCAGUUCCGCGGGCUGCAGAGCCGCAUCGAACAGGAGCAGAAGUUCACCGUCAUCCGCAAAGGCCAGGUCAUCCAGAUCCCUGUGUCCGAACUAGUGACAGGAGACAUCGCCCAGAUCAAAUACGGUGAUCUGCUGCCAGCUGAUGGUAUCCUGAUCCAGGGCAACGACCUGAAGAUUGACGAAAGCUCUCUGACUGGUGAAUCAGACCAAGUCAGGAAGUCCCUCGAGAAAGACCCCAUGCUGCUGUCUGGCACCCAUGUGAUGGAGGGAUCAGGUAGAAUGGUGGUGUCUGCAGUGGGUCUCAACUCCCAGACUGGAAUCAUCUUCACUCUGCUGGGGGCGGGAGACGGCGACGAGGAAAAGAAGAUCAAGAAAGGUAAAAAACAAGGACCCCCCGAAAAUCGCAACAAAGCUAAGACCCAGGACGGCAUUGCCCUGGAGAUCCAGCCCCUGAAGAGUGAGGUUGAGUCCGAGGAGAAGGAGCCGGAGGUGGAGGUCAAACAGGUGAAGAGGGUUCAGAUCACCAAGAAGGAGAAGUCUGUGCUGCAGGGCAAACUCACCAAACUGGCUGUGCUAAUCGGGAAGGCAGGUCUGAUCAUGUCAGCAGUGACGGUGGUCAUUCUCAUUCUGUACUUCGUGAUUGAUACGUUUGGGGUACAGGGUCGCCCAUGGCUGAAGGAGUGUACCCCCAUCUACAUCCAGUACUUUGUCAAGUUCUUCAUCAUCGGAGUCACUGUGCUGGUGGUGGCUGUGCCUGAGGGGCUGCCUCUAGCCGUCACCAUCUCUCUGGCCUACUCUGUCAAGAAAAUGAUGAAAGACAAUAACCUGGUGCGUCACCUGGAUGCGUGUGAGACCAUGGGGAAUGCUACGACCAUCUGCUCCGACAAGACAGGCACCCUCACCAUGAACCGUAUGACCGUGGUGCAGGCCUACUUGGGAGACACACACUACAAGAAAGUACCGGAACCCGACGUCAUCAAACCAUCCACACUGGAAGUCUUGGUCAACAGCAUCGCCAUCAACUCAGCCUAUACUACUAAGAUCCUGUCUCCAGCGAAGGAGGGAGGUCUGCCCCGCCACGUUGGCAACAAGACAGAAUGCUCCUUAUUGGGCUUCGUGCUGGAACUGAAGAGGGACUACCAGCCAAUCAGGGACGAGAUUCCUGAGGAGAAGCUGUAUAAGGUGUACACCUUCAACUCCUCCCGUAAGAGCAUGAGCACGGUGCUGAAGAACACAGACGGUAGCGGCUUUCGCAUGUACAGCAAGGGAGCCUCCGAGAUCGUCCUACGCAAAUGUUCCCGUAUCCUGGACACGAACGGGGAGCCACGUAUCUUCAAGCCUAAGGACCGUGAUGAGAUGGUGAAGGUGGUGAUUGAGCCCAUGGCCUGUGACGGUCUAAGGACCAUCUGUGUGGCCUACAGGGACUUCCCUGCCGAGGCAGGAGAACCAAACUGGGACAACGAGGCCGAUAUCCUCAACGAGCUCACCUGCAUCUGUGUGGUCGGCAUUGAAGACCCUGUCAGACCUGAGGUACCUGAUGCUAUCCUCAAGUGCCAGAGGGCUGGCAUCACCGUCCGCAUGGUUACCGGGGACAACAUCAACACCGCCCGUGCCAUAGCAACCAAGUGUGGCAUCCUGUUGCCAGGCGAGGACUUCUUGUGUCUGGAGGGCAAAGAGUUCAACCAGCUGAUCCGUAAUGACCAGGGAGAGGUGGAGCAAGAGCGUCUGGACAAGGUGUGGCCCAAGCUGCGUGUGCUGGCUCGUUCCUCUCCUACUGACAAACACACUCUGGUCAAAGGUAUCAUGGACAGCACCGUCCUCGAGACACGACAGGUGGUGGCUGUGACAGGCGACGGAACUAACGAUGGCCCCGCCCUGAAGAAGGCUGAUGUUGGAUUUGCUAUGGGUAUCGCCGGUACGGACGUGGCUAAGGAAGCGUCAGAUAUCAUUCUGACUGACGAUAACUUCACUAGCAUCGUCAAGGCUGUCAUGUGGGGCCGCAAUGUCUAUGACAGCAUCUCCAAGUUCCUCCAGUUCCAGCUCACUGUCAACGUGGUGGCCGUCAUCGUGGCCUUCACUGGCGCCUGCAUCACGCAGGACUCUCCUCUGAAAGCGGUGCAGAUGUUGUGGGUUAACCUGAUCAUGGACACCCUGGCUUCCCUGGCUCUAGCCACCGAGCCCCCCACUGAGUCACUGUUGCUGAGGAAGCCGUACGGCCGCAACAAGCCCCUAAUCUCUCGCACCAUGAUGAAGAACAUCCUGGGUCAUGCCGUCUACCAGCUCACAAUCAUCUUCACCCUCUUGUUCGCUGGAGAGAACAUCUUUAAUAUCGACAGUGGGCGCAACGCACCACUCCACUCGCCGCCCUCGGAGCACUACACCAUCGUGUUCAACGUGUUUGUCAUGAUGCAGCUGUUCAAUGAGAUCAAUGCCAGGAAGAUCCACGGAGAGAGGAACGUUUUUGAGGCCAUCUACCGUAACCCCAUAUUCUGUAGUGUGGUCCUGGGAACCUUCGUCCUGCAGAUUGUCAUUGUCCAGGUCGGAGGGAAGCCCUUCUCCUGCACCGCUCUGACCAUCGACCAGUGGCUCUGGUGUGUGUUCAUCGGAGUGGGAGAGCUGCUUUGGGGACAGCUGAUCUCAGCCAUCCCCACCCACCACCUGAAGUUCCUAAAGGAGGCUGGCCACGGAACCCAUAAGGAGGAUGUCCCCGAAAACGAGAUGAACGAGGGGGACGAUGAGAUCGAUCACGCUGAGAUGGAGCUCCGUAGGGGUCAGGUCCUCUGGUUCAGGGGCCUCAACCGCAUCCAGACUCAGAUGGACGUGGUCUAUACAUUCCAGACGGGUCAGGCUCCGGUGCCGGGGGCAUUGAGACGCCAGCCCUCAGUGGUCAGCCAGCACAACGACGCCAAAACAGUCUCUAGCCCCACACACAUUAAGGUGGUGAAUGCGUUCCGUAGCUCUCUUUACCCGGGGCUAGAGAACCGAGAAUCAAAAAAUUCCAUCCAUAACUUCAUGGCCCACCCUGAGUUUGUUCCCCUGUCUGAGGAAGAGGCGCGGAUCCCUGACAUCGAUGAGAGCAGCAGUGAUGAGGUGGUGCUCCAGCACAUGCCCAGAUCCUUCUCUGGGGGGGCAGAAGCUCCAGACGUCAGCCACGAGGCCUCCUGCUGAUCACCUCCUCUCUUCUCCUCUCUUCCGUUGUGCUCUGUACAUCCCCCCUGUCGGCCGGCUGGUUACCCUCCUGCACUUCCUCUCUUCCACCACCAAGAGGACAAGCGGUGCGCCCCUCAUCCCACAGAGGGUACACCAAGAGCAGGCAAGGGGUCUCAGCGUCUCCCCCUCUUCACCUACCCCUCUUCACCUACUCCUCUUCCUCCGCCUCCUCUUCCCUCCACUUCCUGAACCCUACACCUACCUCUCACCUGCCCCACCCACCCACUUUGCCAUUCCCAUGGGCUGGCACUGAAUGUGGUGUGUAUGCCCUUUAAGUAUGUACAGCAGAGUGACAUGUAGACCAUCAAAUCACAUCGCGCCCAAACUCAUGGGUGGGAGUUGCCAUGUGGGGUCCACCAAUCUGCUCUGUCAAAGGCUGUAGCCUGUCCUACUGUCCAUCUUUGGAGUUUUAAUAUCUUUUUUUUUUGUCCUGUAACAUUUCAUUGUUUUAUUUUAACCUCAGAUAGCCCAGAACUGAAACACAACAUGUUUAUCCUUUUGUACGUGCUUAUUACACCCUGCAUACACUAACUGACACAGCACUUUUAGAGUAUAUCUAUGUGUACAUACAGUAUAUAUACUUUAUAGGCUCUUCAACACAGCUCCAAGCUGAUUUGAUGAUCAGAUGAACAUGGGCCAUGUGAUUUAACAGUUUUCAGCUACUAAGUUUUGCCACUCCAUUUCUCAACCUGUGUUUUAACUGUACUGUGUGUAUGCAUUGGAUCUGUUUUGAAGCAUGAUGUACUAAUGGGUUAUGCAGUUCAACCCAGGAACCCAUGUCUUCAUUCAUUCUGAUAAACUACAUAUUUUCAAUGAUGAAGGUUCAACCGUCUAAACAUCUCUCACUUUAGUUUGGUUCUUCUGGGUCCAUUUGACAUGAUUUUAUUAUGAUUUCUCCUGUUUUUAUGGAAGGAAAGUACAAAGGAUGCUAGUCUAUAUUAACAGAAAAGUGAACUAUCUUAAAACAACACAUUGAAAGAAAAGCUAGCAGCAGGCUAGAGGCAGAGGGAACCCCCUCUCUGUGGAGUGGGAUCAUAGCAAGACCAUGUGGAAAAAAGGGAGGGGCAUCUCCCUCAUCUGAUGAUCUCAUCCAAUCAGGGUUCUGGUUUUCCCUAGCCCGUUGAGAGGAAGUUGACAGCUUACGAUACUGCCUCAAUAUGGAGGAAGAAUAAGAACGUCCGUGUCUCCCUCUCUCGUAUGCAUAACGUAUUUGAUUCAUGUUUCAGCCGUGUUAAAUAUAAUGGGAAUUUAGAGAUGGUUUUGGGAGUCAUUAUUUGCCGGGGUUAGGACCUACCUUUUCCUGUGUAUAGACAGAAAUGGGAAGUUAUUUCUUUAGUCUGUCACUCCUUUUUUCCACACAUAAAAAAACAAAACAUGAAUACAUUCUGAUCUGUACCUUACCAAGGCAAAUGUACAACUCUUUUUUCACUGUUGACGAAAGGGCGUUGGGCUUGUUCCUGUUAGCUACAGCUUGACUGUGUGUGUCGUUAUCGAGUGUCACUGUGUCUGCUUCAGAGUGACAAAGGACUAUCGAUCUCUCCCACAAUGCCUCUGGGAGGUGCAAACAUUAGAGGCUGGCCUGCUAGCAUAGGGACACAACACAUCUCCACAUGUCCUCUAGGGUCAACUCACCUACCAACCAACCCACCAACCACAGAUAAUGGCCUAACAAGAAGAGGAAUACUCUAAGCAGAAAAAAACGAUACAACCAGAGAUGUUGAUACAUGAGAGCUCCUGUAUUCAGUGGUGCAUGUCGUUGUUUUAAAUGAUGGUACAGAGAGUUUAAACUUGGCUCCCACUCCGACCACCAACUCUGUGACCGAGAGUGUGACUCCCUCAACAGGAUAUGUGCUAUCGAUGUACUACUGCCAUAUUUUCAACCUUAUUUUCAUAUCUAGGUUACUUACUUCAAUAGAACCCUCUGAUGAUACACCUUUUCUACUUACUCAGAGCCAUAUUUUAUAGGUUGUUGUUGUUUUGUACCCCAUCGUUAUUGAGGUUUCAUUUCUAUUCCACUCUGACCCCAAAAUUGAUGGAUGCAAAACAACGUGUCACUGCCGAUACAUGUGUCAUGGACUACAACGAUGUUUACAGAACAUAGUCUGCCUGCUGCCGUAAGCCUGCUGCCGUAAGCCUGCUGCCGUAAGCCUGCUGCCGUAAGCCUGCUCGCGCUGCGCCUCCCUCUUCUGGCUGGUCUCCUUGCUUAGUACAUCAUUAUUGGGAAGCUUUCUUGCAUGAUUUUCAUAUAAACUAAAUGUUUUGUUCAUUUUUUACAAUUCUUCUGUAUUUUUAUAUUUAGUAUUUUUUAAUAUUUUGGAAUAUAUAUGUAUAGGCUGAAGUGUUUUGGUGACAGUACAGUCCAUGAAUGAGAUGAAUCAACAGCAAAAUAUGUUCCUAUAUACAGUAUAUUUAUGCCACAUUUGUAAACCAUGAUUGGUUGUCCGAUGCUGGGGCUAAGGAAGCUGAAAUCAACUGUUUACUCACUGUAGGCCAUGCGAUUGGACAUACUCUUUCAGCAAUCUAGCCUUACCACCUCUUUCCCUUCACUAUAUACAGUCUUAAAGAGACAGUAGCUUAAAUUCUGCUAUUUCUCUCAGUAACUUAAAUCAAAUGAGGUCCCAAUGAAAGCGAGUCAAAUAGAACAUGGUAGUAAACCGAACAUUGAAGUAAUGUUAAAUUAAUUUGGAGUAUAUAUGAUUUUUAAUCUCUAUAUACAUAUAUUUAUUACAUGGGGUCUGUUCUUUCAGACUAAUAUGACUGCGAGUUUCAUUUAUUUUUUGAGAGGAUCGGUGCACUUAGACAACUGGGUAGUGACUUUAGUCGACUUGUCGAAAAGAGGGCAUGAAUUUCGAUUUCAUCCAAAUCAAUCGUUAACCUUUUUUAUUCUAAUGACUUAGGAAACCGUUUAGAGUAGAACUGUUAAACCGGUAGUGACUUCACUGCCUCUUCCUGUUUGUGUCCGUAAACAGAAACAAGAUGCUUUUGCUGUGGUGUCCGUUACAUGCUGACCAAACCGGCUCUACACAUGCGUCAUCGUGCGUAUAUUGAUUUUGUCUAUCCCUACCAGACACGUUCAUGUCUAUCCCUACCAGACACGUUCAUGUCUAUCCCUACCAGACACGUUCAUGUCUAUCCCUACCAGACACGUUCAUGUCUAUCCCUACCAGACACGUUCAUGUCUAUCCCUACCAGACACGUUCAUGUCUAUCCCUACCAGACACGUUCAUGUCUAUCCCUACCAGACACGUUCAUGUCUAUCCCUACCAGACACGUUCAUGUCUAUCCCUACGAGACACGUUCAUGUCUAUCCCUACCAGACACGUUCAUGUCUAUCCCUACCAGACACGUUCAUGUCUAUCCCUACGAGACACGUUCAUGUCUAUCCCUACGAGACACGUUCAUGUCUAUCCCUACCAGACACGUUCAUGUCUAUCCCUACCAGACACGUUCAUGUCUAUCCCUACCAGACACGUUCAUGUCUAUCCCUACCAGACACGUUCAUGUCUAUCCCUACCAGACACGUUCAUGUCUAUCCCUACCAGACACGUUCAUGUCUAUCCCUACCAGACACGUUCAUGUCUAUCCCUACCAGACACGUUCAUGUCUAUCCCUACCAGACACGUUCAUGACACGUAGGUUAAAAUUCCAAAACCAACUUUUAAUUAAUAUAUUAAUUUGGGGACAGGUCGAAACACACAUGAAACAUUUGCUGUUGCUAGCUAAUUUGUCUGGGAGAUAAACAUUGGGUUGCUAUUUAGUUUUGUUCAUCUUUCUUAUGUGGAUUUUAUAUGGCUGUGUGGACCUUGUUCAUCUUCCAAUCACUCACGUGGGUAUAUGCUUGUAAAAACCAAUGAGUAGAUGGUAAGGCGGGACUUACAGCGCAUUAAGCGUCUAAAAUAGAACCAAGUUCUAUUUUAGUGCCUGGCUAUGCAGACGGCCGUUGAUGCGCAUGAGCAGUUUGGAUUAAAUGAUUGAAUAGCAUGUAUGUGGACAUUUAUUUUCCAACACACAAGCGGACAUUUUGGUCAGUAUGUUAGACAGAGACUCAUUUUCGGGACACAUUUUGGGGACUCGUUUUCAAUGGUAAAUCUUUCUUUUCUUCUUAUAUAAUCUAUUUGGAAGACUGCACUUCUACAUUGAAUACACUGUGUAAAUAUUGCCAUGGGAUGAUUUUGAACUUUGAACUCUAGGUAAUGAAAAGGGGGCAGUCAGUCAGUGAUCACCCAGCAUAGCUUUAAGAAUGUUCAGCCAAAGUCUUGUUUUCUACAAUCGCUGUUUUUUUUAUACUUUAUUUUUCUUUUUGACCAGAUUGUUUUAAACUAUUAUUGUCAGGUGAAUGUAUUUCCAUACUUUCCAUCUCCCCAAAAUAGCAAAUGUUGUUGCAUGUAAAUGUGGACAGAGAAUGCAAAGAACUUGAAGCGUCGCUAAGAUUGUCCUUCUUCUAUUGCCAUGGUUGUGCUGUUGUUGAUCUCUUAUUGAACCGGUUGCCCUUCCAUUCCGUAGGUGAACAGAUACUCCAUCCGCUAGAAACACCCCAAUCUUUUUGUUUGUUUGCUGUUUUGUUAUUAACCUUGGCACGACUGUACUACAGAAGCAGACCAACAGGUCUGUAUGUCUGAGGUGGAUGGCGAACUAAAGAACAGCCAGACAGUCCUGGCACAGUUUGGUUUCUCUGUUGGACAAGCCCAUUGCUGCUUCUGACCAAUCUGUAAGACCUUUCCUCUUAUUGCACAUGUUUCAAUUAUGACUCAUGUAUGACCAAAUGAAACAUGCCAAGGCAUUGGGCAAUAACUGUUGACUGUAAAGGACUGCAUUGCUUCUCUAAAGCGUUGUCUUUCUUAGAUAGCUUUCUUUUCAUUGGGUUUGGGGGAUUUCUUCUGGGGCAGCUUCUCCGCAGUUGUAAAUAAAAAAAGGUUUGAAAACUGGAAUAUCACAUUUGAAAGUCAUAACCCCUUUAUUUUACAUAGGCCGAUGUUUACCCGAACCAGUUCUUGUGUUUUAAUACAUUUUCAAUUGCAUCUAAUUGCGAAAAGACAGAAAAAUAACUUUCUGUAAUUGAUAUGAUACACCGUAAUAGACACUGGUGUUAUUUUUGUAUAAACAUAAUAUCAUCUGUGUGGCAUGCAUGAUGUAUAAACAACUUGGUGGUUUAAAGCAAUAUGUCCAACCUGGUAGGAUUGGUACUUUCGUGUUCUGUGUAGCCUAAACCACGCUGUACUAGAGAGAAGAAAAAAAUGCCAUUUGUAAAAAAGCUAGCUGUUCAAUGUUCUGCAUGUUUAAGUAUGGAAUGAGACAUCCCAAAUGUUUAACUGCUUCCAAAACUCCCACAUUUUGACUGAGUUGCUGUCCCAGUGAAACACACUGAGAGGAUGCUGCCUUGAAAAUAUAGGAUGGAAUGGAGGAGAGAUGGGACGGGGUGGAGGAGGGAUGGGGUGGGUGGAUGAAUGGGGUGGAUGGAUGGGUGGAUGUGUGAAUGGGACUCCAAUUCAAUUUCACAAAGAUCAGUUCAAUGAGGUGCUUUCUCUGUAGGUACUGUAACAUGUCCCUGUUGAGUACUUCAUCACUAGUGUGGAACGAUUACUACCUGGAUAUUAACUAAGGUACUUGUUGACUGUGUCAUUGUUCAUUCAUAAGGGACUAACAGCAACCACGCAGUCUACCAUCUGACUUUACCCCAUCUCACCAUAGCAGAUGGAUGUGAAAACCAGCUCAACAAAAGCUUCAUACAUUAACUAUAUAACACCAUAGUAACACAGUAAAUGUAUAUCUUUUUUAAAACAACACACUUUGUAAUUUAACCACGAAUAUUGUUUAUUUAAAAUGUUUGGUAUUUAGAAAAAACAAUCCUUAUCACUAGCCCCAUGCUGAAUCUCUUUCAGCACCGACUGAGAAGUAAUGAUGAUGCCAUGCUGUUCAUUGUUUAUUCCAUCAUCCAGCCAAAGCCAUGGGGAAUCACUCUUUAACAAGGUAGGCAUUCUUUAUUCAGGUCAUCAUUUUACAUGUAUCACAUCAAUCGAUUUCCUCAUUACUCUCCCUCUCUCAUUCCAUCUCCCUCCAUCCAAGGACUGAGCUCAUCUGCUGCUGUGCCAAACUGCAGUCCACCUCUCUUCUAGCAGCAGCAUCUCAGAUGUGUGAGAUUCUUUGCUGGUUUAUUCAACAGUUUUAUUCAACUACUACCAUUAUGGUAGUUUCUUCUAGUUGACGCUUUAAGGCUCUGUUUUUCCGCCUCUUUUUCCCACUCUUUCGAUCUCGCUAGUUGCAUUCUAUCGAGGGCUGGAUAGGCUCUAUUUACAUCACAGGUGUGCCUCAGCUUAAGCACUUGGUUGGUGUCUUUCUUCAUAGCUAUGUUGUUGAAACCAGGAAGUUCUGUUUUUAUUUGUUAUUUAACCCUUAUUUUAUCAGGUAACUGAAAUCACAUUCUCAUUUACAGCAACAACCUGGGGAAUAGUUACAGGGGGAUGAAUGAGCCAAUUGGAAGCUGGGGAUGAUUAGGUGACUGAUGGUUUGAGGGCCAGAUUGGGAAUAUAGCCAGGACACCGGGGUUAACACCCCUACUCUUAUGAUAAGUGCCAUGGGAUCUUCAGUGACCACAGAGAAUCAGGACCCCGUUUAACAUCCCAUCCGAAAGACUACCCUACACAGGGCAAUUUCUUUUAGACCAGAGGAAAGAGUGCCUCCUACUGGCCCUCCAACAGCAUCUGGUCUCCCAUUCAGGGACCGACCAGGACAAACCCUGCUUAGAUUCAGAAGUAAGCCAGCAAGAGAGGUAUGAGGGCAGCUGAUUGGUUUAUCUGAGCAUGUUGUUGUGACCGUGGGUCAUUCUGGAGAUCCAUCGCUCAUUCUGGUUGGCUUGGUGUGAACAUAAUUGUAUAAACUUUUCAAAGAGCACAGUCUUGUUUUGCUAAAUUGAGCUGUGUUAACACUGACAGCUUUUUACAUUUUUUUGCUCAUUUCUCUCGAGGUGAGAUGUUGUUUCAUCGCCCUGACCUGCAACGAUGUUAAUGCAACCAUGACUAAUUCUGACAGGCACUCAAAAUGGUUUGGUGUUACAUGUGAAAUUUAGUUUUGGUUUCAUGGUCGUGUCCCCACAGAGCUGAGGUACUGAAAUGGGCAAGCCUGUUGAUUUGAUUGACGCAAGAGAAACAACAGCAAAAUUAGGGGAGGAAUUCAAUUGGCUGAAAUUGUUAAGUGUGUGUGUGUGUGUGCGCGCAUAAUAGUAAAUGUGCAAAUGUGAGGGUUUGUAUUGAGGCUCAUUCUCUGUGGGUACAGUAACUGUCUGUUUUCUUCUAGAAGGGCCUUUGAGCAGCGUCUCCUCAGUUUGUGUCUCACCUGACAGACACACAACACACACAUUCAUUCCCUGUCCUUUCCCACCAGCUCCUCUUUAGUAAAUAAGAUUCAUUAUCAUGCCAAAAUGUCAGACCUGUUUGCUUCAAACUAUGCAACAGAAUUCUGCUACUAGAAUAUGGUUGAUUUAUUUCCUCAAUUCUCCUCAACACACUCUCUCUCUCAUUCUCUCUCACUCACUCUCUCUUUCUCUGUCUGUGUGUGCUUGUCUAUGUCUCAAUGGAUCCAGUUGUUUCCCAUAUUUGAGUUCUUUCUACUAACAGAAACAGAAGUGUAUAAUGUAUGUAUGUGUGUACACGAUGUGCAAGCACCCUGAAUUGUUCUUUACUCUGUUGUAAUAAUGAUCAUGUUGAAUGCCUUGGUCUUUAUGUCCUGUAGUUUGAAUUUAACAGAACAAAAAAUGAUAAUCAAGCAAGAAAGUUGUUAUAAAUAUAUAUAUAUAAAUAUAUACAAAUCUAUAUACAUAAAAUAAAGCCAUUGGGAUUUGAAAUA